AGACAAAAGCCGAGCGACGCUCCAAAUAAAAGUUUAGUAGGCGCUACGUAAACAAACUCUGCGGUUUGUCUUCAUCUAGGGGGCACCGAACGACCGGUUCUUCGAUCUAUUAACCAGCUGUGUGCAUAAUGGCGCCCAAUCUUGAAGAGGAUGUGGCCUGGAAGGUAUCGGGAAUAUCGAGGACCUAUCCGAGUUACCGCCAGCAUGUACCCAUUACAAGUGAAAGCUGGCUAGAGGGCAAACAUGCAGAUGACGAGGCCGAAGGUCUUUGGCGCAUUUACGAUAAGCUCUAUGACUUAAGCGACUUUGCUGCUCGCCAUCCGGGCGGUGCCUCUUGGAUUGAGUGCACCCGGGGCACGGAUAUCACGGAACCCUUCGAAUCUCAUCAUAUUGAAGAGCGAGCUCGGGAAAUGCUGACCAAAUUCGAAGUGCGUCAGGCCUCGAAGCCUAGGAACUAUAAGUUCACCCUCAAAGAAAAUGGUUUUUACAUGACGCUAAAGCGGAGGGUACGGGAAAAACUACGAAAAAUCGAGUACUCCCCAACUAAGAAAACUGAGUUUCUUCACUUGGGUAUCCUAGUUUCUGUCUUCAUCUUCAGCUGGGUAGGCACAGUCCUGGACUCUUUGGUCUUUCAGGGUCUUGCUGGUUUGGCUCUUUGCUGGGUGGCCACCUCCACACACAAUUACUUCCAUCAGCGGGAUAAUUGGAGGAUGUAUACCUUUAAUCUAACCUUAAUGAACUUCCGGAGUUGGCGCAUUUCUCACGCCCUAUCACACCAUGUUUAUGCGAAUUCGCUGCAUGAUCUGGAAAUGUCUAUGUUUGAGCCAUUCCUGUGCUGGAUUCCCGAUCGUCAUUAUGCAAAUAAAAUGCAACGAUGGAUCUCUGUGGUUAUAUCACCAGUGGUGUAUGUAGUACUGUUUCAGGGACAGUUUCUCCUGCGGUUGGCUCUCUCCCUGACUAAAAGCAACCUUUUGCACUGGGAUGAUCUCAUAGGUUUUACACUACCAAUCUUUUUAUAUUUCUCCACUGGCGUUGGUCUGCUUGCCACUCUUGCUAGCUGGCAAAUAAUUGUAGCCGUGGGGAGCUUUAUUUUUGGACUUGUGGGCCUCACAGCAGCCCAUCAUGAUCCUCGAAUUCUACACGAUGGAGACACCCAACGUAAGGACAUUGAUUGGGGUCUGUAUCAGGUGGAUACGAUCAUAGAUCGUGGAGAUAUCAAGUGGUCAGAUCUCUUAGUGCUCACCCACUUUGGAGAGCACGCCCUGCACCAUCUAUUUCCCACACUCGAUCAUGGAGUGCUCAAGCAACUCUAUCCUGAGUUAAGGAAAACUAUGAAAGAGUUUGAUGUGGAACUUAGGGAGAUCAAUCAUUGGGGUCACAUCAAGGGACAAAAUCAGCAAUUGCUGAGGAUCAAAAAGAAUCCUCUACCACCGGGUAGUAAAAAGCUGAAGUAGAAUGGAAUUGUGUUAACUAUGAAAACUAUGGUAUAUGGGGGGGAAAAUGU